UCGAGGGAGAGAGAGAGAGAGAGAAUUCUGCAUUUGUAUCUAAUUCAAAUGGGAUGAAAUUAGUAGUGGUGAAUUUGAAUCGAUACUUUCUCUAGGAGCAAUCACUAAUCUCAGCAGGAAACAGAUUUCUUUAUCUCUCUCUCAUCUCACAACCAGAAGAAACAAUUACAACCUUUCACCGUGCUGGAAUCCUUUUCCUCACUUCCUCUGCCAGGUUGGAUUCGCCGCUCAAUUUUAAUUUGAAUUGAAAUGUUCAAUCUUUGAGCUUUUAGUAUAAUAGAGCGCUUAUUCCUGCCCUAGUUUUAUCGUUUUUCUCUGUGGGGGUUACGGUAGAAUGUUGAGGGACUUCAAAUUCUUGCGCCGCAAUCCGGCCAAGAACGCUAAUGCAGAGGAAGUCGAGAAUGUGCCUCCGAAUUCUAGGGAUUCGGUGAACCCUCAGAUAAGCACAGAACCCUCACGGCCUCCUUUCAAUGCAAUUCCGGAGACACGGAUCCCGAAGAGCGUUCCAGAUCAGGAUAUCAACAGGCCUACUCGAGCUGACCGAACUCCAGCAAAGGCAAAAUGGAAAUAUUCAGAUACAUCAAUGCCCCUCCGCACACCAGAGAAAUAUGGGGCAAUGUCGAGAACUCGGUACAAUUGGGCUCAGAAGAGUGAGAAUCCAUCAAAUGAUGCUGCUGUGGAGCUAAAGGAGGAUGGCCGAGUAGCAUCAAAUGCGAAUACUCCAUGUUCUACGAGGACAGGUGCCAGAGGUACCUUGAGUUAUUCAGAGUGUAAUUCCCUUCAGUCCACGCCUACUAAGAGCGUGAGCAAGCCUCCAAAUCCGGGUUUUUCUAUGCCUAGUGGUUCUAGGACAGUAUGCAGCAACAUGAGUGCCAGGAUGGGGAACUAUGCUGCAUUGUCUAAAGGGAUCCCGAGCUCUUGUAACACAACAACUGCUGUUAACACUGUCGAAGUCCCUUAUUUCGAGCUCAAAGAAGAUCCUUCAUUCUGGAUGGAACACAAUGUGCAAGUCUUGAUUCGUGUACGGCCACUGAAUAACAUGGAGAAAAGCAGUUUUGGUUUCAGUAGAUGCUUGAAGCAGGAGACUGCACAAAGCAUAACCUGGAUCGGGCAGCCUGAGACGCGGUUUAUGUUUGAUCAUGUAGCAUGUGAAGGAAUCGACCAGGAAACACUUUUCAGGAUGGUUGGCUUGCCCAUGGUAGAGAAUUGCUUGUCUGGGUACAAUAGCUGCAUGUUUGCAUACGGACAGACGGGUAGUGGGAAGACUCAUACAAUGCUUGGCGAGAUUGAUGACCUUGAAAUCAAGCCUAGCACCAACCGGGGAAUGACGCCUCGCAUAUUUGAAUUCUUAUUUGCCAGGAUUAGAGCGGAAGAAGAAAGCCGUAGAGAUGAGCAACUAAAGUACAUUUGCAAAUGCUCUUUUCUUGAGAUUUACAAUGAACAAAUCACUGACCUUCUUGAUCCUUCAUCCUCAAAUUUAAUGUUACGCGAGGACAUGAAAAAAGGCGUGUAUGUUGAAAAUCUAUCAGAAUUUGAAGUCCACACGGUCGGAGACAUUCUGCAGCUUUUGACUCAGGGUGCAUCAAAUAGGAGAGUUGCUGCGACAAACAUGAACAGAGAAAGCAGCCGUUCACACAGUGUUUUUACAUGUGUGAUUGAAAGUAAGUGGGAGAAGGACUCUGCGACCAACUUCCGUUUCGCCAGGCUGAAUCUCGUUGAUCUUGCUGGUUCUGAAAGGCAAAAGUCCUCCGGUGCUGAGGGAGAGCGCCUGAAAGAAGCUGCAAGUAUCAAUAAAUCAUUGUCAACGCUAGGCCACGUGAUUAUGGUCUUAGUGGAUGUAGCACAUGGAAGACCAAGACAUGUUCCUUAUAGAGAUUCAAGAUUGACAUUUCUCCUCCAGGACUCUCUUGGCGGAAACUCAAAAACAAUGAUAAUAGCUAAUGUCAGCCCAUCUAUCUGCUCUGCAGCUGAAACCUUGAAUACAUUGAAGUUCGCUCAACGAGCAAAACUGAUUCAGAACAAUGCUAUCAUCAAUGAAGAUUUAUCUGGAGAUGUUGUUGCUUUGAAACAUCAGAUACUAUUGUUGAAGGAGGAACUGUCUGCCCUCAAACGUGAAAGGGUAAAUCGUUCACUGUUGUUUAGCCCUGCCAAUGAUCUAGACUCAAAAAUCAAUGAAGAGGAUGAUUCAAAUGGAGGAGGAAUUUCACAGACACACAUGGGAAAUUUACUUGGAAAUGAAUCUGAGGGAGUUAUCAGAGUAUCUAGUAAACAGUUAAAAUCCUUGGAAACUACACUUGCUGGUUCCCUAAGGAGGGAAAGGAUGGCAGAAACAUCAGUAACUCAAUAUGAAGCUGAGAUUGAGCAGUUGAACCGCCUUGUUAGUCAAAGGGAAGAGGACACUAGGUGCACAAAAAUGAUGUUAAAGUUUAGAGAAGACAAAAUUCAAAGAAUGGAGUCUCUUGUUGGUGGUUUGAUGUCAGCAGAUGACUAUUUAAGGGAAGAAAACAAUGCACUUUCUGAAGAAAUUCAGCUCCUGCAGUCAAGACUUGACAAAAAUCCUGAAGUCACACGAUUUGCAGCUGAAAAUAUUAGGCUUUUAGAUCAAGUUCGGCAGUUUCAAGAUUUUUACGGAGAAGGGGAGAGAGAAAUGCUGAUAAAUGAAGUAUCUGAACUACGAAAUCAGCUUGCAUUCUUCCUCGAUGGUAAUCUCAAGCAAUCUAAUCACCUCAAAGUGAAGGAUUCAAAUAACGAAAAUGGCUUGCUUCAAGAGGAGUUACAGAAAACUCUUUCUGACCUAAAUGAAAGCAAGAUCAAGCUUAACAGUAUCCUGGAAGAAAAUACCAAGCUCCAUAGAGAAAUUGAAGAGUUGCGCGCUUCAUCAAAUGCUGAAAUUAUUUAUUCCCAAGAACAUGAUUGCAGCACAGAAGUUAUUAAGGAACCCAUAGUAGAAGUUCCUCUUUCUUCUGAUCAGGAAACAAGGACCAAUGGGAGAGAGAAAGAUGGAACAACAUGUCGGAGUCUCCGGAUGAGUGCAGAAGGCAUCAUGGAUUUACAACUGGAGCUGGAUAUUCUGAAAAUCAUUAUAGAAGAGGAGAGGCUGUACCAUUCAGAACAAGUGGAAACAGCCAAAUCUCUAUACCAAGAACUACAGUUCUCAAAGGAAAUGGUUGCCUCAGUCACUAAAGAUUAUGAAAAACUGCAGGAAGAGCUCAAUACUGCAAAAAUGGUUGUUGAAGCUCUUGAGUCUGAACAAAUUCAGUCCAUUAAUGAGAUAGAAGAUCUCAGAAGCAAUAAUGAGCGUUUUGAAGAAAAGUUAAAGGAGAAGGAGCUUGAAAUUUCUUAUUUAAAGAAUCAAGCAUCUUGUAAAGAGCUCAAUGAUCUCUCAUUGUAUAAGUCUUCAGAGAAGGAUGUCUCUCCUUUAGAACUGAAGUUGAAGAAGAUGCAUGCAUCUCUUGAAAUGGCUAAGAGAAUGAAUGCUAUGUAUCAAAAUGAUCUUGCAUAUCAAGCGUCUGAUCAGGACGAAAUGGAGGAAGUUCGAAAGCAAGUAGAGGGGGAAACUGCACAGGUGAUUGUUUGCUUGCAAGAAGAACUUUCUGGCCUUCAACAGGAAGUCCAUGAGAGUAAAAUGAAGGAGAUGGAAACAAGUGACAGGUUUGCCCAACUUCAAACUGAAAUGCAGAUUAUGGAGGAAAAUUUACGUUCAAGGAAUGAAGACAAUGCAAAAUAUUCUGAAUUGCUUGAAGACAAAGAAAAGCAAUUGAGAAUACUGACUGAAGAAUGGAAUUCAGUUACCGGUGAAAUUGAAGGUAUUCUCGCUGAUGGGAGUACAGCUCUUAAUGAUGCAUCUGACCAGACUGAUCUUAUCUCCAGAUCAUUCCAUCAUAAAAGAAGUUUGAUCUCUCAACAGUUUGGAAGAAUAAAACAAUAUGUAUUUGAAAAGGAGUUACUUAUUACCGAGCUUAAUCAAUUUUUAAAGGAUGCGGUUGACAGAAAAGAUGACUUGGAGCGCAUGCUGAGGUCUCUUAGAGGGGCAACAGUGGUUAUGACUGAGGCUCAUCAGAAAGAGUGCAGCGAGAAGGAUAAAGAAAUUCUCUUUUUAACAUCCGACUUAAAUAAUAAGACAUCCACUGUGGCAGAUCUCCGGAACAUAAUUAAGCAUGGAGAGGAUCAGCUCAAAACAGCAUCAUCUUGUGCAACAGCUGCUUUGGUUAUUGUGAACAGAUUGUCGGAGUUGAACUCUAACUAUCACAAUGCGCUGCAAGAUAAGGAGCUUCAGAUUCGAGAGUUUGAAGAAGCCAUGACCAGAAAAGAUUCAUAUCUCCAAAAUCAGGCUUUAGUAGUAGAUGAAGCAAAUGGAUUGACUUGCUCUCUCCAAAAGAAACUAGAAUCAUCAGAGGAAUAUUGUGCAAAACUGACUCUUGAACUCUCUGAAGAACGAAAAUUGAGGGAAAAUCUAGAGGUAAAUCUGGAAAAGAAUGAAGAACAUAAAAUUUCUGAAGCCAGGGAACAACUUCAGGAACUACAUUCUGGGGUCUCAUCACUAAAGUUAUGGAUGAAUCAGUAUGAAAUGCAGAGUGGAUCUCCUCAGAAAGAUAAAGAAUCAGAGAUGCCUAUCUGUUCUGCUAGUGAUGCAUGUGAAUCUCGGACAGGUACAAGAAUAGUGCAAGAUUUCAAUGAUGUAAGGUCUGGUAAUAAUGGUGGUGUGGAAACUGAGUCUGAAAUUACUUUGCAUAGCUCAAUCGGGAGCGAUCCUGCUAUAAUUCUCUUGAAGAAAGAGAUAAAAUGUGCCCUUAAAAGUUUUAAAGAAGUGCAAGCCCAGAUGGAUAAAAUGCAAUCUGAAAAAGAAGAAAUUUUGGCGUCUGAAAGAUGUAAUCAGAAGAGCAUUGAGUCUCUUCUAAAUCAGACAAUUGUCUUUAGAGACGCAAUAAAUAAUUUUGAAGGUGUAUUUGAGCUCAAAGUAAGUGCUGUAGAUGGUAAGAUACGGAGAAUGGAAGAAGCAGUACAAGAAUCUUUUGAUUCAUGGUUCCGGCAAACAGAGUUACUGGAAGAUGAGCUUGAUGAUGCUAAACUCGUUGCUGCUCAGAAAACCAUUGAAGCUUCAUGCAUUCUUAAGAAAUUUGAAGAGGUCCAGGACACAGUGAAAGAAGCAGACAUAAUGAUAAAUGAGUUGGUGAUAGCUAAUGAAGCCUUGAAGCUUAGUGCUCAUGAUAUAAAAGCAAAGGAAAAUGAAUUUAGCACUGAGAUGAUGAAACUCAAGGAAGAAAUCCAAAGCCUGAAACUGUCCAAUAAUCUGAUGAAUCAGAAUUAUGUGGAACUGGAGAAAAGGUAUGACGCUGAUUUUGUCAUCAUGAAGAGGAUGAUUUCUGAACUUGAGGAUGUCAUUUUAGAAGUCCAGUCCACUUCGAUGGAAGAGUGGAUGUCUGUGGCAUCAGAUUUCCUCAGCAUGAAGUAUCAAAUUCGUGAAUCGACUGAAUCUAUUAGAAAAUUGCUAGAGGAGGUCUGGUCAGAGAUUAUUUCCAAGGAUUGUGCUGUAUCUGUGUUGCAUCUAUGCCACAUGGGAAUUCUCUUGGAAACUGCGAAUGGACUAAAUGCAGAAAAUGGUUUUCUGCACCAUGGUUUAUGUGAGUCAAACUCCACUAUUUCAGAACUUCGGGAGCACAAUGUUAGAUCAAGAAGGGAGCUUGAAAUGUGCAGAGUUUUGAAAGGCAAGUUGCUAUCAGAUAUCAAGACAGGUUUUGAUCGCAUAUCAAGUAAAGUUGAUGAAACUGGGGAAGUCACUCUUAAACUUACCUCUUUCAAAAAAAAGAUACAGGAUCUGCAGUAUCAGGAGGAGGUGAUGCUGCAAAGGUCGAAUGACAUUGGAUCCGAACUAACCAUGCUAAUGAAGGAGCUUGAUCUCAGCAACAAACAAGCACUGGCUUCUAUUAUGGACCAGGAAAAACUACUGAAGGAAAAAGAUGAAUUACUUCAGUAUCAAGAGGAAAAUUUCUUGCUAGAAUCGUUGGCAAAAGAUUUUGAACUUUUAAUUCUUUCAGAUGAGUUAAAGCAGAUAUGUCUCCUGAAAGAAGAUGCAAACGAUGCUUUAGUUAGUAACCUUGAAGUCCUUGAAAAUUUUAAGAAGGAAAUAGUGUUUAUGAGCUUAGAUGCUUCUUUCAGUGAAUUGAUACUGCAUGAUAAGGAAUCUAGGAAUGAAAAAUUAGCCGAAGAUGUUAGGAUGAAGGAAUUCGCUAUGGAAAUAUCUUGUAGUCGUAUCUCUGAACUUCAGCAGCAAAUACGAAAUCUACAGAACGAUAUCUGUCUGCAGGAUAUGGAAUCGCAGAGACUCCAAAUUGAGCUGGCAAGGAGAGAUGAAGAACAUGGCAGAAUGAGCUGCCUUGAGAAAGAGAAUGAAAGCCUGUUGCUUCAUCUAAGCAACUGUAAGGCAGACUAUGAAGUACUACAUCAGGAAUUGGAGGAUAGGAAGGUUGAAUUUGAAGCUUCAGCUAGAAACACCCACAGCACUGUAGUUGCAAAUCUGAGACUACAAGAUAAUGUUUCAGUGUUGGAGAAUACCAUUGCCAAGUUGGAGGAAGAUCUAACUUUGGCCAGGGUGCAAAUCAGAAACCUUGAACUUUCUCAAGAUUCUGUUCAAGAUGACUUGUGCAUUAGAAUCCAGGAUUUGGAAAGGCAACUGGGUGAAGUCAAUGCCUUGAAAGAAGAGCACACACGUUUGAGACGUGAAUUGAGCCUCAAAGAGAUUAAAGAGUCUGAAUGCCUCCAUGCUAUGAAUGUAAGAAGUUUGCAGAAUAUUGAUUUGGCUGAAAAUGUAGAAAAAGUAGGCUGCAAUAUCCUCAAUGUAAUUAAGGAGAAAUUCGUUGAGAUAGAAGAUAUGCUUCAGAAGAUAGACCAUGAAAUGGACAGGGGAAGCAUAUUUAUCGACCAGUUCCAAUAUGUGGAGAAUCUUUCUAACCAGUUGGAUUCUGAAAUUCUCGCUCUCCACACAGAGUUGUCUAGAAAGGAUGAUAUUCUCAAGGGGCUGUUAUUUGACAUGACUUUGCUGCAGGAAUCUGCUUCCAACAGUAAAGAUGAGAAAGACGACAAAGAUGGCCUGCUUGCUUCUCUAAGGGCUUUAGAGAAAGAUCUUGAAUUAAGGUCGCUUGAACUGGAAGAAGUUGCUGCGGAGCUAGCCAGAAUAUCUGCUCGUGAACUGGAACUCAAAAAAGAAAAUCAGAGAAUAAAUUCACUAUCCCAAGAAAAUGCCGAGCUCUUGGCCGUUUCUCAAGAUGCCAUUGAUGCAAGAAAUUCCAUGGAGAAAGAAUUAGGGGAGGCAAGGAUCAAAAUUGAGAACUUAGAGUUGGAAGUUGCUGAGAUGGACGAGGCUCUUGUCAGUCUGAAUAAAAAUGCUGAAUCAUUGAAGAUCAACUUGGAUACUGUCACCAGUCAGAGAGAUGAAUUGGACAGUAAAGUUUAUAAUUUGACCACAGAACUUGAGAUGGCGCAAUCUCUUGCUGAAGAAAAUGAAGCAAUAGCUACUGAGGCUCGAGAGAUAGCUGAAUCGCACAAAGUACAUGCUGAGGAAAAGGAAGAAGAAGUGAAACUAUUAGAACGGUCCAUUGAAGAGCUAGAAUGUACUAUAAAUGUACUCGAGCAAAAGGUUGAUCUUGUCAAAGGAGAAGCUGAGAGGCAACGAUUACAGAGAGAGGAACUUGAGCUAGAGCUUCUUGCUUUUAAAGAACACAUGCAGAAAGUCAGAAGCGAUGAUUCUGAUGUAAAAAGAUGUCUAGAAGAAAAAGAGAAGAACCUUCAGGAGGCACAUAAACGUGUUCAGCUUCUUGAAACUGAAAUAGCUGCUCGAGAUGCUGAGAUAUCCCAAUGUAAAGCUCAUAUAUCCGAGCUAAAUUUGCAUGCAGAGGCACAGGCUAGUGAAUACAAGCAAAAGUUCAAGGCAUUGGAAGCUAUGGUAGAGCAAGUUAAAUCCGAAGUUCCUGCGUCUAGCUCAAGUUCAUCAUCAAACAAAAUGGAGAAAAUUCCUUCAAAGCCUAGAGGCUCAGGAUCCCCUUUUAAAUGCAUAGGUUUGGGCUUAGUUCAACAAAUCAAAUCUGAGAAAGACGAGGAGGGAAGACAACGAAUAGAGGAACUUGAGGGUCUAGCUGCAAGCAGACAGAAAGAGAUAUUCAUGCUUAAGGCAAGACUGGCUGCCACAGAGAGUAUGACUCAUGAUGUGAUUCGGGAUUUACUCGGUGUAAAAAUGAAUAUGAAGAACUAUGCUAAUUUAGUGGAUAAUCAGCAGAUUCACUCAUUAAUUGAGGAUGCUCAACAUCAUAACGCUGAAGCUGAUGUCAAGGACCAGGAAGUUGUUAGUCUAAAGCAGCAGAUAAAUGAGUUCCUUAAAGAGCGUAAUGGAUGGCUAGAGGAGAUCGAGAGAAAACAGGCUGAACUAAUGGCUGCGCAUGUUGCAUUGGAAAAAUUACGACAACAAGAUCAACGGCUUGCAACUGAAAAUGAGAUGUUGAAGACAGAAAAUACUAUUCACAAGAAGAGGGUGAUGGAACUUGAGGGUGAGAUCAAGAAGUUAUCAGGCCAGCAAAAUAUUCAACAGCGCAUCCAUCACCAUGCAAAAAUUAAGGAAGAAAACAAUUCUCUACGAUGUCAAAAUGAAGAACUUAGCAACAAGCUGCACAAGACAGAGGCUAUUUUUUCACGUGUGAAGGAAGAGCUAGCUCAAUUCCGUGUAGCAAAUGGAAGAAAUGCCUACAUUAAUUUUGAUGAGGAGCAGCUAUUGCACAAGAAGUUGAAGGAAACUGAUGAGGAGAGGCUUCAAUUAGCUCAGAAGUUACUAGGAUUGUGUACUUCCGUAUUAAAGGCUGCUGGAAUAACUAGACCAGCUUCUGGGAUAGGCAUAUCUGUGGCUGAAGAAGCACUUGAGAAACUUACAAAUAGGGUUGUUGCCCUUGAAAUGGAACUUGAAGAUGCUAAACUCAAGGUACGAAUCUCAGAGGAAAGAAUCAGAUUGUCUGAGCUGAUGCCACAAACUUCUUCACCAGCAGCAGCAAGCUCAAGGACUGAUGAAGCAUGCCCAGAAAGAAAGCGAGCAUCUCAAACUCCAUUUCUUUCUUCCUUUGAUCGAUGAACUGAUACUCGGAAUUAGUUAGAGCAUUUUGUAUUUGUGUCUGUAUUUUCUGUAAAUAAAUAUACAAAUUUUGUAUAUUGAUCAUAUUCAUACCCCAUAUAUGAAUAUAUGUAUAUCAAGUGAUCAUUGGCGAUCUUGCUCCAAA